GAACAGAAAAUAAUUAGACAUUCAUUUCAUGUCUAACUGAGAAACAGAUUCAUACGAGGAGAAGCGAUCUCAUCAACCGUGGUGCGCAUGCGGGCGCCGCUCGUCGAGCUCAGGGAGAAGCUGACGAACUGGGCAUGAGCCCCUGCGUUCGUGUGUGAAGAGAGGGCCAGAUCGAUUGUCUGGGUUUUGAAUUUGGCAUCUGUAGUGAGAAACAUCGGAUUAUCAGCUCCAAGCAAACACUGGCACAUAUCAAACCUAUGGGGUGAGAGAUUCAAGCUGUUGCUUGAGUUCCUGAACCUGAAUUACUAGCGUUACGAAAAUGCAGGGUUUAUUUAAGGUUGAAUGUUAUUGACAGAAGAUCCUAAUCAGAAACUUGGAGAGGAGCAACAGAGAGAGAAAGAACAAAUUCCCAAAUUUGGAGGAAUGGUAAUCGCAAGGACCGGAGUGUAUGUGGAUGACUAUCUCGAAUACGCAAGUACGUUGCCUGCUGAGCUGCAGAGGCUACUCAAUACUAUUCGAGAACUUGAAGAACGCUCUCAAACGAUGAUACACCAGACGAGGCAGCAGACGAAGCAGUGCUUGGGAUUGUCAAAGAAAUGGAACAUGGAAGAAGAUGAGGCCGCCAUUGACAAACUGUUGAAAGAAAUCGAAUCCAAUCAGGAGAACGCUGUCAGUCUCUGUACUGAGAAGGUUUUGCUCGCUAAACAAGCUUAUGACCUGAUAGAUAGUCAUGUGAAACGGCUCGACGAGGAUCUGCACCACUUUGCAGAAGAUUUAAAGCAAGAAGGAAAAAUAUCACCCGAUGAACCAGCAAUUCUUCCUCCAUUACCCAUUGUCCCCAAAACUGAAAAACGGAAGCCCAUUUAUGUAACUCCUCAAUCAAAAAGGUUUGAUUAUAGAGAUAGGGAAUGGGAUCGAGAGCGCGACAGGGACUUCGAGCUCAUGCCACCCCCAGGAAGCUACAAAAAGGAAUAUGCUAUUCCUAUGGAUGCUGAUCAACCAAUUGAUCCGAAUGAACCUACCUAUUGUGUUUGCCAUCAGGUGUCUUUUGGAGAUAUGAUUGCCUGUGACAAUGAAAAUUGCCAAGGAGGCGAAUGGUUUCAUUACGCAUGUGUUGGGCUCACACCAGAGACGAGAUUCAAGGGGAAGUGGUAUUGUCCAACAUGCAGACAACAACCACAAGGGUAGGAUGUUCAUGGCCCAUGGUUGUCUUUCUGUAUAUACUACUGUGCACCUAAAUGAGGGUACUGAUCUGGACUGGAUAGUGUCGUUUGGUUUUUUUCUUUUGUUUUCUUCUGUUUCAAAUUUUUGAUGGAUUAUUAGAGCGGGAAAUUCACAAGUAUUGGACCGCCAAAUGAAUUAGAUAAGUAAUAAGAUUUUAUUUGGAUUGACCAGAUUAGGGUUUAAAUGUGUUGUACCGUUUUUCAGCAAAAGUUCAGAGUAAGCUAAGAGCAUACAAUGGCUGAAUUUGGCUUGAACUUGAGCUAAAUGAAUUAAAUCAGAAGUUUUACUAC